GUGACAGUUAGCUCGCCUUGUUGACACGGCAAAUCUGACCUUAGGGGACUUUUUGCCGCUGAAAAUUUCAUUACACUGUGUAGUGUAUUAUUUUAGAUUAAACUUUCAAAUGCCACCGCUUUCAAAACAGUUUAGUUAGCGAAAAUAUUAUGUGUUAGCUCACAAGCUAACCUAAGCUAACUCGACAGUUACCUGACUGACAGGUGGACAGUUGGGUCAACUAACGUUAACACUCCAUAACGUUAACUUUAGUUAUUCAAAUAUUCACCGUGCUUGUUGGGGCAAAAUGUUCGUGUGAAUUUCUAGCAGAUCCACUUGCAGCAAAUGAUGUUCGCAGCAUCUGGAUCUGCAGCUUCAACCCUCAACUGAAUGACAGAACCAGACGGCUGAGCGAGACAAAUCCACUUUUGUUUCUAUUCGGUUGAAACAGCUUGUCAGUAGAAUGACACUCCGACCUCUACAGGCGUUUCUCUGCUGUCGGAAUCCAUUUGUGGCAUUUUUUAGCAGAAGCCACUGCGGCCGCCUGUAUUUCCACCACACCGCUGGGUGUAGAAGGACGUGGCAGCCGGAAAGUGGCUUCAGACCUGCAAGAGUUGCAGUAGUGACAAAAACCACUCGAUAUGAAUUUGAGCAGCAGAGGUAUCGCUACGCUGGACUGUCCGAGGAGGAUCUCAAACAGCUGCUUGCAUUGAAAGGCUCCAGCUACAGUGGACUUCUGGAAAGACACCACAUACACACACGCAACGUCGGACACAUUGUGGAAAAUCUGCAAAAAGAAGGCAUUGAGGUCUGUGUUGUGAAAAGAGGAGAGUACGAUGAAGACACAGUCAGAUGGGCGGACGCCAUCGUGUCUGCAGGAGGUGACGGCACCAUGCUGCUAGUUGCCAGUAAAGUGUUUAAUAAAAACAAACCUAUAAUAGGAGUCAAUACUGAUCCAGAAAGGUCAGAGGGGCAUCUGUGCUUACCUGUGUACUACACCACUGCGUUCUCCAAGGCAUUACAGAAAUUCAGGAAGGGUGAGUUCAGGUGGCAGUGGCGCCAGCGGAUCCGCAUGCACUUGGAGGGCACGGGGGUCAACCCCACUCCAGUGGAUCUGCACGAGCAGCAGCUGAGUUUGGAGCAGCACACCAAAGCACACCGCAUCACCACCGACUCCCAGAAUAGUACAAAACACGACACCUACACAUCACCGUACCUUCUCCCUGUCAGAGGACUCAACGAAAUCUUCAUCGGAGAGUCGCUCUCUUCCAGGUUGAAGUAUAAAUCCUUCACACCCCAUCUUACCCUCUCGCUUCAUAGGGCUUCCUACUAUGAGAUCUCCAUCGAUGAAGGACCAUGGGAGAAGCAGAAGAGCUCAGGACUGAGCGUGUGCACUGGAACUGGAUCCAAAGCCUGGUCUUAUAAUAUUAACAAACUGGUGGAGCAGGCUGUGGGGGAGCUUCUUCGAAUAGGUAAAGCGAAGACUGGUUUGCAUAUUCCACUAACCCAGGAGCUCAUUACGAGCGUGACUGAUGCUUACAACGAGUCACUGAUAUUUAGUCCGGAGGACAAUCGAAUUUUCUUCAGCAUCCGAGAGCCCAUCGUCAACAGAGUGUUCUCCAACAGCUGCCAAAGAGGAUUUGCUAAGAAGGUGUGCGUGCGCUCGAGGUGCUGGGACGCGUGCAUGGUUGUGGACGGCGGGACGUCCUUCGAGUUCAACGACGGUGCUAUCGCCACGAUCAGCUUACACGAGGAUGACCGGCUGAAAACCGUCGUUCUGGACGAGUGAACGACGGGUCGCCGAACGUGUUCUCGGAUCAGAAGCGGAUCAUGUCUACGCCGGGGGUGAACGCCGAUGUGAGCUGGAGAACCAGUUACUGAUGCUGAAGUUUUUUCAAACCUGUUUUUGAUUGAGGAUUGAACUGGUACUGCACAGGGACAAUAAGCACCUUUUGGAAACAUGAUGAGAUGUACACGGCACUCCUUAACAAUCGAAUCGAAUAUCCUGUCAGUAAGAUUCAGCCUGUCUGAGAGAAUUAAAUGACCACUGAUGUUGGGAUGUUGGGAGUUUUGUAGCUAUUUCUGCCGUUAAUCUUCUAAUGUAAACGAACAGGUCAGCCAACGUGACAUUAUUGCAGGUUUCUUAUUACAACAAAUGUCGUGGAUCAUUUUUAGUUUUUAUACUGAAGCCAUGAGGUCUACGCUGCUUAAAAAUACAGGAAACUGAGCUACCAGUUCUGCAUCGUGCAAACCUCCUUCCUGUAUCAUUGCACGUUCAUAUUUAAAGACUUAAUAUGAUUUCAGGGAUGGACAAAAUAAAGAUAAUAAAAUAAAUGUAGCUUUAAGAAUCACUUCUGUACCAGAUUGAUUAGCCAGAGAGUCCAGAUUAAGAUACACUAAAUGAACAAAAGUAUUGGGACACCCCUUGUAAUUUUUAAAUUCCUGUGUUUCAGGCACAACAAUAGUUUAGGGAAGGCCCUCACCUGUGUCAGCAUGGCUGUGCCCCCAUACACGAAGCAAUCUCUAAAAAGGGCAGUUGUAGCCUAGUGGUUAAGGUACUAGACUAGUAAUCAAAAAAGGUCGCUGGUUCAAGCCCCACCUCUGCCAGGUUGUCACUGUUGGGCCCUUGAGCAAGGCCCCUAACCCUCAAUUGCUUAGACAGUUUGCUGUCACAGUACUGUAAGUCGCUUUGUGUGAAUGUAAAAAGCCAUAAAUAAAAGCUCAGCUUAAAGAAACUCUGGUGUCCUGCACAGAGUCCUGACUUCAGCCCCACUGCACAGCUUUGGAAUGAACUGGAACAUCAACUGAGGCUUUCUUGACCAUCAUAAGUGCCCAGCUAUACAAAUCCUGUCAUCUCAGAAGCCUUCGCUUCAGAAAAGCGACUAUUGUUAUAGCUGAAAAGAUCACUCCGUUUUAAUACCAUUGGUUUUUUUCAACAAGCUCAUGCUCAGGUGUCCAAAUACUUUUAACCAUAGUGUGUAUCUCUGUAGAUUUGAAAUGACCAGAUAUUCAUUAUAUUAAAUAGUAUUAAGUUGCUGUGUGUAUAUGUUUGAUGUAAUCUGUUGCAUACAUGCUGUUUUACAAUCGUAUGCCAACUUCAGGGCUGAAUAAUGUUUAUUUAAACCAUUUGGUGGCCAUAAGUUACUGAACAGUAUUGAUUGAUUAAAACAAUCAUGUAGUUCAAAGUGUUAUUUGGAUUUUUUAUACUAAAAUUAAGAUGAGUCAGUGAACAUGCCAAAUGACUUGAACAUUGAGAGGACGGUGCUGCAAUGUUUGCAUUCCUGGUUCCUUCAUUAAAGUGUAUUGACCUGC